UUGUCUGGAUCACAGAGAACUUUGAAGCCGCGACUGCACUCGGCGCUGAUAGCACCUUACAUAUAAACUACGCCGAGAAACCUACGAAACACUGAAACUUGCAGCGGGUUUGAACGUCUCUGCUCUUGCCAAACCGUCAAGAUGGCCAUCUCGUCCCUCUUCUGCGUGUGCCUGGUUAUUGCCGGUGCUUUCGCCGGUUCCAUACAGGAUGCCAACAUGUACAUGGACGCGGUCCUCCGAGAUCACCUUCCCAACAACGUCCGUUCCCUCAACCUGGACCCCGUCGGCGUCCCGGCAUUCAACGUGAAGGUCGACUCCACGGGUUUCACCAACCGCGACCUCAAGGCGGAAUUCAGGUCCGGAACCCUUUACGGCCUCUCGAGCACUCUCAGGCGCCGCGGGGACUGCGGCGUCCCUGGCUGGCAGGGGGCCAACGUCACCACGGGCUGCUACAUGUCUCUGGACGGUCUUCGUAUCACUUUCGACGGAUCCGCAAAAGGAUACGACAUGAGCGGCAGCAAGAAGGACUUCAGCAUGGACCUGGUCGUUGAGAAGACCAACGCUUUCGUGGAAGCCACUGGUUGGAGCGGCCGCCCAGCCGUGCUGAAGACCCUGACUGUGACAGGUGUCAACUUCCGCAUCAACAUGAACAAGAGCCUGAACUUGAACAGCAAGAGGCAGAAGAAGUUCGAGAAGGCCAUCAGUCAGAGCGUCCAGAACCUCUUCUUGGGGGUGCUCUAUGGUCCUUUCAGGGAGGCACUCAACCGCUCUGUUGCCAGGGUGGCUCUGCCAAGGGCGUAGGCAAUCUCGUUGUGAAGAAAAAAAUAAAAAAACGAGCAAUAUUGAA